AAGCGAGCCAGGCCUAGGGCCGCGGCGGCGAUGCAGCGACGGCGGCGCCCUCCGCCGCCAGCUUCUCAGCUGCCCGAGGGCUGCGGGGGAGGCGGCGGCGGCCGCAGCGGGAGCGAGGAGGUGGAAGUGCAGUUCUCCGCCGGGCGUUUGGCCUCGGCCGCGGCGGUUUCGGCGGCGGCGGCGGCGGCCGCGCGCAGCACGGAGGAGGAGGAGGAGCGGCUGGAGCGCGAGCACUUCUGGAAGAUCAUUAAUGCCUUCCGCUACUACGGCACCAGUAUGCAUGAGCGAGUGAACCGAACAGAAAGACAAUUUCGAUCACUUCCAGAUAAUCAACAGAAACUACUUCCUCAGUUUCUUCUUCACUUGGACAAGAUUCGGAAAUGCAUUGAUCAUAAUCAAGACAUACUACUGACCAUUGUGAAUGAUUGCAUACAUAUGUUUGAAAAUAAAGAAUAUGGAGAAGAUGGGAAUGGAAAGAUUAUGCCAGCAUCUACAUUUGACAUGGAUAAAUUAAAAUCUACACUGAAACAGUUUGUGAGAGACUGGAGUGAAACUGGGAAAGCAGAGAGGGAAGCCUGCUACCAACCAAUCAUUAAAGAAAUUUUAAAAAAUUUUCCGAAAGAAAGAUGGGAUCCUUCUAAAGUAAAUAUUCUGGUACCUGGUGCUGGACUAGGAAGACUGGCCUGGGAAGUAGCUAUGCUAGGUUAUGCUUGUCAAGGAAAUGAAUGGAGUUUUUUUAUGCUCUUUUCUUCCAACUUUGUACUCAACAGAUGUUCUGAAGUUAAUAAGUAUAAGCUUUAUCCCUGGAUCCAUCAGUUUAGCAAUAACCGAAGGUCAGCUGAUCAGAUUCGACCCAUCUUUUUCCCUGAUGUUGAUCCCCACAGUCUUCCUCCUGGUUCUAAUUUUUCUAUGACAGCAGGAGAUUUUCAGGAGAUCUACUCAGAAUGCAAUACCUGGGACUGUAUUGCUACCUGUUUCUUCAUAGACACAGCUCACAAUGUCAUUGAUUAUAUUGACACAAUAUGGAAAAUACUCAAGCCAGGUGGAAUUUGGAUAAAUCUAGGUCCCCUACUGUACCACUUUGAAAAUUUGGCAAAUGAACUUUCCAUAGAAUUGAGCUAUGAAGAUAUAAAAAACGUCGUUCUGCAGUAUGGAUUCCAGGUGGAGGUGGAAAAAGAAUCUGUCUUGUCAACAUAUACUGUGAAUGAUCUCUCCAUGAUGAAAUACUACUAUGAAUGUGUCUUGUUUGUGGUCCGUAAACCACAGUAACGUUUUCAAGUGGUAUCAGCAGGAAAAGAGUUUGAUAAGAGCAAAUCCUGAAAUAAACAACUCAAAAUCAACUAUCCCAAUGACAGGACACAACCUCAAA